AUGAACGAUCUGCAAGAUGAUAAUCCAUAAUACUAAUUUGACGAAUAACACGACUCCACUCAAUAAAUUGAAGAACCUACUGCUUCCUAGGCGAUUCCAGUCAAUCAACAAAAUAUCUCUUUGGAUAUCUCCGUUCAGGCAAGAACAAUUAGCGAAGCCUCAAGCGAAGAGAGAAAACAAUUCCUAAUACAAACUCUGAAAGUCUUGGCUGUAUAACAAAUAUUCUAAUUGUCAUUGGCCUUGGGCUUUGCUUUUGUAGAAGAAUGGGGAUUCUGUAGUAAUUUCUUCCUAUUCCUUUUCAUUUCAUAGAGCUUAGAUUUGUAUAUAGCCACAUUUAAGGCAAGGGGAAUAAAGAAAUAAGAAACCGUAAUGAAAUUGUAAUGGCUAGGUUGGAUGAUAUGCUAUUCAUUUGCAACAACUUUAUUUUCUACUUUAAUGAAUGUGAUGUACUUUGGUUGGCACUUUUAUUUACUAUUCCUACUAACAACAUUCCUAUUUCCCAUAAUAACCUUGGGGAUGCUUAUACACAUUUCAUCUGGACGUGUAUGCAUUAAUACAAAAUAAUACUCACUAAUUUACUGUGUUUUGAUCUUCUUCAUGGAUCUCUGUAUUUCAGUAUUUAAUGAGGGAUAUGUUCCUUUUGGAUUCCUGCUCGGAGAGGGACUGGUAUAUUUAUAUGGAUUGUACUUAACCUUCAUAAAUGUUUAAAUUUAGUAUCCAGUCAAUGACUUAUCCCUGAACUUUCAAUAGGAAGAAACAAAGUUCAAUUAAAUGAUGAACCUGCUUGAUAGAGGAACAUAACGAUUAUCAGUGGGUGUGAUUCCAAAUGAAGCUUAGGAAAUAACAAUGGAGGAGAUCAAGAAAUAGAGUAUUGGUUAAAGAUUACUCAAGUUGGCCAUUUUGUAAUCCUUCUGUUUAACCUUCUAUAUACUCCCAAUAUUCGUAUAAGGCAGAUACAAAGUUUGUAUAGAUUGGCAAGAAGUACGAGGUGAAAUUGGAUGAACAAUUUGUUGCUCCGAUAAUAAUCAACUUGGAUUUUUUUGGGAGGAUUCAAAUAUGCCACGGAGUGAAUAUGUAUAAAAAUAUCAAAUGUCACUGCUAUUCAUACAAAUUUAA